AUGAGGUUCGUCAGCUUCUAUCUGCGGGUACUAGCCGACAAAGAGCAGCGGAUUGUGCGCUUUGGAGAGCAGCAGAAUGCAGCCGCUUAUGCAGAAAGCUGCUCAGCAUCAGGCAGCGAGGAGGACAGCGAGGAGGACAGCGAGGAGGACGAUAACGGCAAGAGCAGUAAAGCUGAUAGCGACAGCCUGCGGCCCCAACUGCUUGGGUAUGAUACAGGCACAGACCGCUUGCGGACAGCAAAGAACUACUCGUAUAUGCUAGCAGGGAUGGUGUACUGCGUGCGGGUAGUCGCAGUUGAGGCGCUGCUCCCAGGCUCACAGCGCAGCGCGCAAACUGAGCUGGACCGCGAUUGCUUUGUAGAGAUGCGGCAGAGGUAUCUAGCAGAUGGCUCGUUCAGCCCGAUGAGCGAGAUGAUCAGCAUGCUCGCGUACGGCAAGCACAUUGGAUUAAACGCCGGCAACUCAGGCAACGCACACUGGUCUCUGGACAGAAAGACGUUUUAUCUAAACAGUCGUCCAAUUGCUAUUAGCCGUUUCUGCAAGAUGGCGCAAGACUUGCUGGCUGAAGCAGAGCAGAUGCUGCAGGAGCUGUGCUGGAUUAGAAAGGAGGAGGACUAG